AUGAGUGGCAAAGAAGAAGAGCCCAGCUAUUCGGAUAGCAGCGUGAAGAAGAUGCUCAAGUGUGUGGUGAUUGGUGACGGAGCUGUUGGCAAGACCUGCCUGCUGAUGAGUUAUGCCAAUGAUGCAUUUCCGGAAGAAUAUGUACCGACAGUGUUCGACCACUAUGCAGUUACUGUGACAGUUGGAGGCAGGCAACAUUUGCUUGGACUUUAUGACACAGCAGGACAGGAGGACUACAAUCAACUGAGACCCCUCUCCUACCCCAACACAGAUGUGUUUUUGAUCUGUUUCUCCGUGGUAAACCCUGCUUCCUAUCACAAUAUCCAAGAGGAAUGGGUUCCGGAAUUGAAAGUCUGCAUGCCACAUGUGCCUUAUGUUCUGAUAGGAACACAGAUUGACCUUCGAGAUGACCCCAGAACUUUGGCUCGGUUAUUAUACAUGAAAGAGAAGCCCCUGACUUAUGAACAUGGCAUCAAAUUGGCCAAAGAGAUUGGAGCCCAGUGCUACUUAGAGUGUUCAGCUUUGACCCAGAAAGGCCUAAAAGCUGUCUUUGAUGAAGCAAUCCUCACAAUCUUCAAUCCCAAGAGAAAGAAGAAACUUUGUGCCAAGUGUUGCAGCUGCUGCUCAGUUCUAUGAUGCCUGGAGUUCAAAAUGGACCAGAGUUGCCAAUUAAUAGUCCAAUCCUGCACAGAGGGACAUGACCAGAAAAAAAAA